AUGGGUUUUGAUGCAAAGAUUGAAUCAGACGAGCACAGACAGUUUCGUCGACUGGCCAUUGUUGCAGUGGCAUUAUCCAUGUUUGCAAUUUGCAUGGCUGUCGUAACGGUACCUUUGCUUUACAGCUAUGCUCAUCGUUUACAUACAAAAGUUAUCGAUGAAACCGAUUUUUGCAAGAUGAGUUCCCGGGAUAUGUGGCAUGAGAUGUUUGCACUUCAAAACCGUCUGGAAGCUAGGCGACGCGAGAAACGUGGUUGGCUAUUUGGGCAGUGGCGAGAUGAUGGUGUUGGUGAUGCUGGUGGCAGUGGUGCUUAUAGUGCGCCAGCACCGAUGGUAUUUGUUUUAUUAUUCCAAAGGAUGCUAGCUAGCAAUUUUUUUCAGCCUCAGAAUAGUCUGCUACUUGUGCGAUGA